GUUUUUAUCUUCUGUUUCCAGGACUGGGCAUCUGCUUCGCAUGGAUCCCUGCCAACAGCAUGGUGAGCCACUACUUUGUGAAGUGGCGUCCCAUCGCCUACGGCAUCGCAAGCUCAGGAGAGUGCGUCUUUGCCAUCCUGUUCAGCCCCUUCUUCCAGUGGCUGAUCGAGACGUACAGCUGGCAGGGGGCCCUGAUCAUCAUCGGGGGUCUCCAGCUCAACCUGUGUGUCUGCGGUGCCCUCAUGAGACCGCUGGAGGCCCCCCAGAGCCCCAUACAGGAAACCAAAGACAAUCUAGAAGGCGAUGCCGCUGAGCUCCCACCAAAGAGGAAGGUUAUCUUCCAGUUCUCCCUCCUGAGAAAACCUGAACUACUAUUCUACAUCCUGUUUGCCAUUUUUGCAGCAGCAGGGUUUUUUAUCCCACCUCUCUUUCUAGUGCCUUUCGCCAACAGUUUAGGGAUGGAUAAGUACUGGCCAGCAUUGAUCCUCUCCAUCCUGGCAUUAGCAGACCUUGCAGGGAGGCUGCUCUGCGGCUGGUUGGCCAACAUGCGUGUGGUCAGGAACAUGCAGCUGCUCACCAUGGUGGUCACUCUGCUCGGGGUGGUGCUCUUGCUGCUGCCCAUCAACCAAAGCUACUGGGCCAUCAUGGUGUUUGUCUGCCUCUACGGGUUCCUGUUCGGCUGCGUGGUCGCUAUCCACGUCACCUCCAUUGUGGACAUUGUAUCCCUGGAGGGCUUUGACAACGGACUUGGGCUCUUUAUGCUGUUUAGGAGCUUCGGGGGCUUCAUAGGACCACCUGCUGCAGGCUGGCUGGUAGACCAGACGAACGACUACAGCUCUGCCUUCUACCUGUCGGGGGCUUGCCUCAUUUCUUCAGCCGUGUUUGUCGUUCUGGUGGACCGCAUUCUUCAGAAAAAGAAAUGCAUCGAGGCUGAGGAUCAAAGGUCAAACACUAAGGACAACCUGGAGGCAGAAAAUGUCAACUGAGAUUCACACGGUUUGUUACCUCAGAGAGUUAGGAGCAGAGAGACUCGUUCAGUAUCUCAUCACAUACCAAGUGCUGGGUGGUUCCACCUCCUGACUUAAAGCACGGGGGGGGGGUCCAUUAACCCCAUCAGUCCCUGCAGCAACUCGCUGUCAAUUAACAAUCUAUAUUUUUCCAUCAUAAACCCUGAUACAACUUUUAGAAUCAAAUAUAUCCCUUCCUUUCUUUUAACCUCUGCGUGACAGGAUUGUUUUUAAGUAAAGUACCUUUUUUUAUUUAUUUAAUUAUUUUUAAAUUUGUUCCUAUUGAACAUUUUCCAAUGCCUCGACUCAUUGGCUGAGGUCUGUGAACAGACGCUAAAUCAAAUGCUUUCUCCUUUUUAAGCCUCACUACCAUUGGCCAACUGUCGUUGUCAGAUACAUGAUGUUUUCAGGUUUUAUGUCCAUCCCUCCCAUUCUCAGGAAAGCCAUGUGGGAAAUUCUUCAAAUUUGCCUUAAACAACCACUUGUCCUCCGGGCAAACUGAUAGGUUCAUGGUGGUCAAAGGUCAAGUUUACUGUGACCUCAAAAGCCAUUUUGGUCAUAACACAAACAUUAAGAUGCUUAUUUUGAUGAUCUAAGAUACAUUUCAUAACUUGGUUUUGUGCUUUUCAUGGGAUUUGUGGACAAUAAUAAACAUCACCUCAGUGAUCCUUUGACAUUUUACUGUUGCUACAGUGAGGAGCCAUGGCAGCUCUAGCUGUAAAUAACUCGGUGUGGUUUGCUUUCCAUGUGUUACUGGCUCAUAAAGGGCAUAUUCUGUUGCACAGGUUAUGGUGUAGCUUUUAUGACUGUUAGGAAUGAAUUAAACAUCUUAACAAUUUUUGAAAAAUAACUUGAAAUCCAGAUAACUUUUGUCUGUCCUGAUGCACUGUAUUACUAAUUCUCAUACGCAUACCUGCACCUUUCCGUACUCGGACAAAAAUGUUACCUAACCACUCAUGUAGCUCCUGUAUGUGUAGAGUCACAUUUUAAAAGUUUUUGUCUCUUAAUAUAUAAUGUCAUAGUUUAUGUUGCCAGGUCUUUUCCACAGUUAAAAAUGCUUUUUAAAAAUAAAUCCUGUACUGAUGAUUUU